GUUUGACUGGAGAGGGGUGGGGGUUGGAAAGAGUUAUUUUUCCAGGAUCCAUCCCGCAGUAGUUCAGAGCUGACCUCCGCUCGUUUGGGAUAUUUUCUCUUUCCGUCCGGACGGUGACGCGCUGCAGAUCCGAUUAUGGGAGACGCUCAGUCUGCGCAACGGGAGGCCAAAGGCGAUGCAGCAGCGGAGGAGGAGGAGAGCGGAGAAGUGAAGGAUGUGCAGGACGUCGACAACAAGGUUCUCCAAAAAAAUGGACAGAUCUCCGACAUCAACAAGAAAGCUGAGAGCUCCAUAUCAGAGCUGAAUGGCAACUGUGAAGAUAUAGAAGCUGCCAUUUGUCCAGAAAUAAAUAUUACAGAAGCAGUGGAGGAUAAAGAGACACCUUUAGAAAAUGAAAUCGAUUUAAAGGAUGUGGCUAAAGACAUUGAAGACGAACUGGUUGAACAAGAGGAUGUGAUCGAAAUGGAUGCCAAGCAGAAUGACAUCAAUGAAAGUUUCAGGAAAUUUUUCAGCAACAUUGGUCUGAAACUCACAGUUAAGAGAGGCUCCACUGACAAAGGUGGCGUACCUAUAGACAUGUCGGAGGAGGAACCAAGCAAACCAGAAGACAUUAAGGGUGAAGAUGCUGCAAACAAAAUAAACAAGGAUGAUGAGGAACAAACAGAACUUAUCACAGCAGAGGAGGCUGUGGAAAAUGACUCGACUGUGUGCCAGACACUGACAGAUGACACACCUGAUGAUUUUCAGGAAAAAGAAGGAGAAAAAACAGCCGAAACCAAUGAGGAAAUAAUAUCACAUGAAACAUCUCCACUUCUCAAUGAGGAUACUACGCCACAAGAGGAACCACAUCCAGCAUCUCCAACUGGUCUUGAUGAAACUGCAAGUCCAUUUAAAAAGUUUUUUACAACUGGGAUCUUUUCUGGUCUUCGAAAGAAAAAAAAGCUUGAAGAUGAAGAGGUGGGUGAGAAAGAACUGGUAGAAGGUGAAGUAAAUGUGACCCAGGCUGGAAAUGAUGAGCUACAUGAUGAAGAUGUCACUCCAGUUCUUGAUGCUAAAGUGGAGAACCUAAUCACCAAAUCAGCUGAAGUCCAGGAGGAAGCUAAAGCACCAUUGAUUGUUGUAGAUGAAAUCACAAACUCUCAGGAAAUUGUUCAAGAGAGUCCCCUAAAAAGGCUUUUGUCAGGCUCAAGUUUCAAGAAGCGCAGUAAAAAGCAAAAAGGCAGAAAAUCCAGUGAUGCAAAGCUGUCUGACUCUGGAGAACACGUUUCAGAUCAGCAUCUGUCAUCUGUAGAGUCUGCUGAAAAUAAGAAAGAUGAAACCUCUGCCCAGACAUCUGCUGAGGGAGUGAGUGGGGAAGAUGGGGCUUGGUUUUCCUUCAAAAAACUUGUUACUCCCCAAAGGAGGAAGAAGUCGUCUGUGGACCAUGUAGAGGAACCAAUCCAAGGUUCAAAAGAUGGAGAGAAAUCAGUUGAAGGGGAGCAAAUAUCGGAUCAAAGCACGGAGGAGGGAAAAAGGAGAAAAGACUCGUCUGUGUCAUGGGAAGCUGUGCUGUGUGGAUCAGGGAGGAGAAGAAGCCGGAAAACCUCCGACUCCGAGGAUGACACACCUCAGUUGGAUGGUGAAGAGAACAGGCAAAACGACAGAUCUAAAGAAGCAGGAUCAAGAGUUUCUACUGAGGUGCAGGAGGUUCUGGCUUCACCCCCUAAAGAGACAGAAGGUCCUCCAGAGGGAGACGAAGGCUCAACAUGGAAAUCAUUCAAAAAGCUUGUCACUCCCAAAAGAAAAUCUAAGGAUGAGGGGGAACGUAUCAGCGAAAUCGACCAAGAGGAUUCUUCCUUUUCCAUAAUAAGGCUCCUGUCAGGAAGGAAAACAAGGAAGUCUGUUGAUGUUUCCCCUGAAGAGGUUAGUAAAGAGAUAGCAAGCGUCUGUGAUGAAGACUCUGAGACACCAGCUGUGGUUCCACUGUCUGAGUUUGAUUUAACAGAAACACAAACAAUGGCAGAAAAAGAUGCAGACAAUACGCAUCAAAUGGACAUAAACGAAAUCAAAGAGGAAGUCCAGUCUAAGGAUACUGUGCAAGUUCAGGCAAAUGACAUCCCAGACAAUGAAGGAGCUUUAGAAAAGGAUGCUUCAUCGGCUGUUGCUACAAAUGAAGAACACAAUGAGCUCACAGAAUCAAGCGAGCAUCAACAUCUCAGUGACAUACCGGAAGAGGGAGUCCUCACAGAGAACACCCCGGCCUCAGAGGAGGCAGCUAAAGAUGAAACAAUAGCAGAGGAUCUGUUGGAGAUUACAUCUGAGGCCAUUACUGCUCCAGAACCAGCAGAUGUUACCCUGGCAGAUGAAACUGAGAUGGUUUCUGCAUUAUCCCAGUUAUCAGAGUCUUCAAAAACAUCUGGCAACACAACACCUGUCCCUGCAGAGUACAGCGUCCUAAACACAGAGACCCUCCUCCAGCAGGUUUCUGAGACUAUCGCCAUAAGCCCAAAAGCAGUUCCAGUGUUCUUAGAGGAACCGAACCCUGAAAGAGUUGUUUGUUUAGCCUCCAAUCAAAUACUUGAAUCGUCUGUAUUAGAGAAGCCAAAAAUACUGGAAAUACACAGAGAAUCAGAUGUAGCAAGCAUAAAAACCGGCUUAAAUGCUGAAGAAAUUGAUGCAGUGAAUGAAGUCACAGCAACGGCCCAAGCCGAAAGUAUAUCUCACCUUAAUGAAGCCAUUUUAACAGAAAUUUCUUCAGAAGUUCCUAAAGAGUUGCUUGACACUGCCAAGCCUGCUGCAGAUGAAGUCUAUGAAGUAAAUAUUUCAGAGUUACAAAAAGACAUUAAGGAUAUGCAAAUUGUUGAAGAGAGGCAACAUGCGGUUGAAGAUACAGGGGAUGUAGAUGAAGAGGCAUCUUCAGAGAGUUUACCUAAAGAAGAUGCAGGAACUGAGGAUGUUUUGACUGAUCAAACUGAGCAGGACAGCAGAAAAACACACUCUAAAGAAGAAGAACUAGCUGUUCCAUCAGCAGAUGACUUGGAGGAAGCAUAUGAGAAGGAGGAAGAACAUCCUGCAACAGAGCUGGACACUGAAACCAAAGAAAUGGCCUUUGAGCAAGCCCAAAAUGAGGCUUUAUCUUCUGCAGCAGUGGAUGAGUUAGAAAAACAGGCUGGAGCAGAAAAAGUCGAGUUGACCAAUGUAGAGCGUAAUAUUCAGUCACAUGAGGAAAGAUCCGCAGAGGACACGGAGCCAUCUGAAAUACUGUCACAGGAUCUUACUGAAGUAACCAAAACAAACAAGGAACCUCAAAUAGCUGGAGCUGAAACUGACAUAAGUCCACCAAUCCAGUUGGAGGAGGACAUGCUUGAGACGCUAAACAAAGAAGUAUUGAUUUCAGUAUUUCAAACCGUUGAAGUGCCAACAUUAGAGUCACAAAAUACAUCUGCCCUGUCCCCUGAUGAAGAAUUAUUACUGUUAGACAUUUCCCAAGCUAAAACAGGAGAAUCUAAACAAGUAGAGUCUCUCACUGAGGUCCCAGAUGAGCAAGAAGACAAAGAGAUAAAAGCAGAUGCAGCUGAAACAGAGGAAUCCAAACAAGUAGAGUCUCUCACUGAGGUCCCAGAUGAACAAGAAGACAAAGAGACAAAAGCAGAUGCAGCUGAAACAGUUGAAUCCAAACACGAAGAGUUGGUCACUGAGGUCCCAGAUGAGCAAGAAGACAAAGAGAUAAAAGCAGAUGCAGCUGAAACAGAAGAAUACAAACACAAAGAGUUUGUCACUGAGGUCCCAGAUGAGCCACAAGACAAAGAGACAAAAGCAGAUGCAGCUGAAACAGAAGAAUCCAAACACGAAGAGUUUGUCACUGAGGUCCCAGAUGAACAAGAAGACAAAGAGAAAAAAGCAGAUGCAGCUGAAACAGAAGAAUCCAAACACGUAGAGUUUGUCACUGAGGUCCCAGAUAAACCAGAUGUCAAAGAGAUAAAAGCAGAUGCAGCUGAAAAAGAAGAAUCCAAACACGAAGAGUUUGUCACUGAGGUCCCAGAUGAACAAGAAGACAAAGAGACAAAAGCAGAUGCAGCUGAAACCGAAGAAUCCAAACAAGUAGAGUUGGUCACUGAGGUCCCAGAUGAGCCAGAAGACAAAGAGAUAAAAGCAGAUGCAGCUGAAACAGAAGAAUUCAAACACGUAGAGUUGGUCACUGAGGUCCCAGAUGAACAAGAAGAAGAAGAGACAAAAGCAGAUGCAGCUGAAACAGUUGAAUCCAAACAAGUAGAGUCUCUCACUGAGGUCCCAGAUGAGCAAGAAGACAAAGAGAUAAAAGCAGAUGCAGCUGAAACAGAAGAAUACAAACACAAAGAGUUUGUCACUGAGGUCCCAGAUGAGCCACAAGACAAAGAGACAAAAGCAGAUGCAGCUGAAACAGAAGAAUCCAAACACGAAGAGUUUGUCACUGAGGUCCCAGAUGAACAAGAAGACAAAGAGAAAAAAGCAGAUGCAGCUGAAACAGAAGAAUCCAAACACGUAGAGUUUGUCACUGAGGUCCCAGAUAAACCAGAUGUCAAAGAGAUAAAAGCAGAUGCAGCUGAAACAGAAGAAUCCAAACACGAAGAGUUUGUCACUGAGGUCCCAGAUGAACAAGAAGACAAAGAGACAAAAGCAGAUGCAGCUGAAACCGAAGAAUCCAAACAAGUAGAGUUAGUCACUGAGGUCCCAGAUGAGCCAGAAGACAAAGAGAUAAAAGCAGAUGCAGCUGAAACAGAAGAAUUCAAACACGUAGAGUUGGUCACUGAGGUCCCAGAUGAACAAGAAGAAGAGACAAAAGCAGAUGCAGCUGAAACAGAAGAAUCCAAACACGUAGAGUUGGUCACUGAGGUCCCAGAUGAGCCAGAAGACAAAGAGACAAAAGCAGAUGCAGCUCAAACUGAAAACGCUGAACUUGCAGAAGAAUUUAAAUCUGUAAAGUCCGAUGAGGAUAUUACUCAAUCCCUUAUAAAAGACACUGAAAUGGACAAUCAGGAAGAAAAACAAGAAGUAACUAAUAAAAUCAAAGGCAUAAAUCCACAAACAGAUGCUGAUCAAAUCAACCAGGUUAAAGAGGAAAUAUCCUCGCAAGCACCAAUAAUUAAUUUAGAAGAAGAUGCAGUUAAGUCCCUUGAUAAGGAGGCCUUAUGCCCUGAAAACAUUUUAGCUGGAGUAACAAAUUACAAGGAACUUGAACUGGCAAAGUCCCUCCCUGAAGCACAAGAAGAGCAAGACAACAAAGAGCUACAAACAACAAUUACUGCAUUGGAGUCCUCGGAAGUUGCACAUGUUUCUGAGAUUAAAGACGCCAUAGAUGUUGCACAAGAUGCCAUACUGGAGUCAGAGGGAAGCAGAGUUGAGAUUCUGGAAAAAGACAUAACACCUUAUGAAACUGUACCAAAAGCAGAAACAGCUGAAGAGACACCUAAAACUCAGACACUAGAUGUUCAAGCAGAAGAUACUCCUGAAACCAAACAAGCUCUGGAACCAGAACCUUCUUUAGCGCCUCCACUAGAUCCAGCAGAUAUUAGCUGUGAAGCUUGUGAUACGGACGUGAUAUAUGAUACUUCAGUAGUGGAAAAGGUCACAGAUGAAUUAAUUAUUACCGAUUUGAAAGAACCUCUCUGUGAGGAACUAGAAGGUUCACUCUCAGAUGCACAAGACAUUACCUCAGAUCUAGAUACAAGUCAACAAACAACUGCACCAAAUGAAGAGGAAAGUACAACUGAAAAAGUUGAACUGCAAACAAUGCUUCAAGAUGUUCCUCAACCGGAAGACAUUGACAUUGCUAAAGAAGAGCCAGAGGGCAACGUUGCACAGCAGUUGGAUCAAGAAACUGAUGCUGAACCAUGUGAUGCUAAAGUCAAGGAUGAAGAAAAUGUUCUUGAAGAUCUGCAAGGGUUACAGGCACCAACAGCAGUUCACAUAUCAUCAGUUGAUGAGAGUCCAGGGACUGCAGAGGUCCUAGAAAAAACAACAAGUCUUGAGGAAAUCCUGCCAGAUUGUAUAGACACAGCAGAAGUUUCAGAGGAAUCCAGGAACGAAGUGAAUCUCUGUGAGCAGCAGGAGAGGGUAGAGGGGGCGAAAGUGGAUCUUCUUUCAGACGCUGAGAUAAAAGUUGCUGCAACCGUUAGUAACGUCAUAUCACACGAAGUUAUGAGUAAUCUGAAGGAGGUUUCAACUGAGAAACCUAGUGCUGUGGUUUGUGAAGCUUUAACGGCUAAAAUGGUCAGUGAGUCAGAAUUCAUUGAUACAGUAGAGACUACGGCACCAUUAGUGUUAGAUGAAAUAAAUCAGGCAGCAGAGCCCAGCAGCGCUGUUUUGAAGAUGAAUGUUCCGCCCGUGGAGAUCGAGGUCAAUCACAAAGUCCAGGUGCACCUGAUGGAUGUUGAGAUCAGAUCAGCCGAGAAGAUAGUAGACACAGUGAUCCAGGUAGGGGUUACAGAAGUUAAGGGGACCAUUGAUGUGUGUCAGGAAAACAUUCAGGAAGUAGAGAAUAUCUCAGCGACUGCGGGAAUUGAAGAAGGAGGCGCAUAUGAAGGAAUCCAGGUGACAGUUCAAGAUGUCAUGCAGCACAUAACAAGUAACUUACCAGAGUCAGCAUCCGACUUGGCCUCUGAAAAUGAGGAACAGGACAUUGAAUUGAAAGAAAUUAUACAAAAAGUUUGUGAGACAGAUCAAAAGGAAUUGGUUCAAACAGAAGAAGAUACAUUGAUCAUUGACAGCACUGAGAUGGUCAAUGGACAAGAGGAGGAGGCUUUAACUGUUACUGAGAACUCUGGAAUCCCUGUUGAGCAACUUGAAGAAUCCAAGCUACUGUCCAGUAGUCCCCAAAGCUCUGAAGUGUCCAUCAAGGACCACAAAGAGGAUUUGGAGGAAGCAAAAGCUGCUGAGCCAGAAAUAAUCACUGCAGUAGGAGAUGUAAGAGCAGAGGUGUUAGCUGUAAAAGACCCCAAUGAAAGCCCCAUGGAACCUCUGCCAACUACUCACACACAAGUCGCCACUGCUGGCACUGCUGGAUUAGCUGUCCCCCAAAACACCGGAGUAAUCUCCUCAGCAGGGAACCUUGAGUCCCCCUCUAGCCUGUCCUUAGAAUUUAAACUGAAUAUACAGUUUGCUCAAGCUAAAACCCAAACAUGGCCUUCAGCUGCACCUACAGAGAGACCUGAACCCGUUAGACAGGUUGAUGUUUUUGACGCUGGAGUUCAGGCAGAGGAGUCAGUACCUAAAGGAGAUGAAUGCAAGAAACAGACAGAACUAAAUGAGGUCGCAGUGCAGGCAGUCAGUGUCACCGAAGCAGAUCCCGAGACACACUUAAACCAGAGGGCCUUAAUUGCAAGUCAGCCAGUGUUACAAGAUGUGGGCAUCCAAGCAGUGGAAAGGACAGAAUGGUAUGAACAAAUCCAAUCUACUGAAAGAGCCACAACAAAGGUCCAGGCCGUGGAUGUUGUCCAAUCAUCACGACAAGAGAAGAGAGCAGUGCUCCUGAGUAAGCCUCUGCUCUCCGAGUUAAAAAAAGGCUGGGCUUUUAGGCAGUCAGAGGAUGAAAAUGAUGUGUGGCUGGAUGCAGAGGAGGACAUCUAUCCACAGCAUGUCCCACAGACAACCAUAGAUCAGGUGGACGAACAUAUCCAGCUACAGAGUGAGAGUGAACAAAAGGAGGAAGCAGAGCCUGAGAUGGAGUUUGAGAUGGCAAGUAGUCUGGAGACUGAGGACACAGAAAGCCAACAGAGCAAACAGAAAAAAGAAACAGGUGAAAUAGAAAGUGAAGGGGAGGAUUUCGAUGUUGCACUUGAGGAGCUUGGAAGCAGUGUCCCUGCAGUGGAAUGAAGCCACUAUAACGCAACCCUUGGGUUAAAGCCAGGUUUGGACAAUCAUAACAAAGAAGCCACUAAAGAAUUUCCCAUGACAUCAAGUGUCACUAAAUAUGACAACUCCCAUAUUUAGUGGUGAUAUCAUCCUGGAUUU